AUGUCUUCGAAGCGCACCAAGAGGCACUCGGCACCGGCUCAUUUCAGCAGGGACGAGGACAGUGAGGGAGAAGAAGUCUCCAGGAUGGAGAUCGACAGCACGAGUCAUCAGCUGAGGAGGAACGAGGACAGUCUGAGGAAGAGCAUGACCAUCGAUGUCGGUCUCCGCAAAGGGCAAAGACAGCAACGUCUGGAGGAGGAGUUUGAGAUCCAGUUUCGGGAGCUCGAGGCGCAGGUGGAUGACAGGGCAGAGAGGCACCAGGAAGAUAUGUGA